UUGACUUCUGGAUGCUUUUCGUACUGUUCGGGCUCCCGGUGGGACCGUUCGGCAAUUUCGGGGCGAGUAAACGUGCCGAAAAGCACCCGAGGAAAGCGGGGCACGGAACUGCGGGGUGAGGUGAAGGCGAGUACGAGAAAACGCUGCGGAGACUAGAUUGUACGUCAUCCAUCCCCACCAUGUUGGAUCAGGAAGUGGAGAAUAAAGCCAAAUAAAAGUCGUUUGCAGAGCGCCGCCGUGUUACAGAGGCAGUUUCCUCGGCUCGCCGGCUGUGUGAAAUACCAGCGAAAAUCGACGGCCGCCAAUACCGUAUGCCGUAACGGUGUGCGUUGCGUGUCAACGGCUGUCGGGGGGGGGAGACGCAAAUCCGUCAAAUUUGGUUUGUUCAGCACGAGUUAUGACUUCGCUCACUCACAGGACCUCCGGCCUUGUCCAGCGCAAGACCGAGGCGAGUCGCAAUGCCGUCGCCGACAAGGAGAGGGAGUCGGGAGCGGCGGAAGAGGAGGACGCCCGUCGCGAGGACGGAGAAGACGACGACAAGGGGGACUCGAAAGAAACCAGACUGACGCUGAUGGAGGAAGUUUUACUUUUAGGCCUCAAAGACCGAGAGGGCUACACAUCCUUCUGGAAUGACUGUAUUUCUUCAGGCCUCCGAGGAUGUAUGCUAAUAGAGUUGGCCCUACGUGGAAGGCUUCAGCUGGAGGCCUGUGGAAUGAGGAGAAAGAGCUUGCUAGCAAGGAAGGUGAUCUGCAAGUCAGAUGCGCCUACUGGAGACAUGCUGCUAGAUGAGGCUUUGAAGCAUAUCAAAGAGACCCAGCCUCCAGAGACUGUCCAGAGCUGGAUCGAGCUUCUUAGUGGAGAGACAUGGAAUCCUCUGAAACUGCACUACCAGCUGAGAAAUGUCAGAGAGCGUCUUGCAAAGAAUUUGGUUGAGAAGGGAGUUCUUACCACAGAGAAACAGAACUUUCUGCUUUUUGACAUGACCACACAUCCACUCACCAACAACACCAUCAAACAGCGACUCAUCAAGAAGGUUCAGGAGUCAGUUUUGGAGAAGUGGGUCAAUGACCCAAACCGUAUGGACAAGCGGAUUCUUGCUCUAAUCCUUCUGGCCCACUCAUCUGAUGUUCUCGAGAAUGCCUUUGCUCCGCUUCAGGAUGAACAGUAUGAUCUGGGCAUGAAGAGAGUCCGCAUCCUACUAGAGCUGGAGCCAGAGACGGAGUGCACAAAGCCAAAUGUAAAUGAACUGAUGUGGGCUGUGGUGGCAGCAUUCACUAAAUGAAAGCAGUAGAUUGGUACGACUGGAAAUCUGGCCGUGGUCUGCGAUAUUUGAUUGGUUAGCAGACUUCACUUAAUGAGACAAUCCAUUUGGGAUGCCUGAUAGUUCACCUAUUCCAGAUGAUAUUUCAGUGGCAGACCAUGUUAACCUGAUGCAAUCUUAUUGGUGGUGGGUUUCUCCAAAUUUACUUGGGCUGUUUGGAGACCUUCACUGGAUGAUAGAUGACCGGCAGAUUUCACCUAUGGUUUGUUGGACGUUGGCAGUUGAUCAGUUCUGAGUCUCCUAAAAGAUAAGCUUCCGUUCCCAAAGUUUGAAAGGACAUUGGAUGAUUCACGGUGGGGGACAAUGAAAGUGGCAGCAGCGAUGAAAAUGAAGAUUUUGACUGGCCAGGUUUCACUUGUACAUUAAGGAAGCACCAUCUUUCCUUCAUGUAUAAGAUCUGACUAGAAUCAACUGCGGACCUCUACUCCAUACACUAUUCCAUAUGCUUAUGCAAGGAUAAAGGAUAGCAAGUCACAUGGAAGAUGAUAUUCCUAGCAUCCUAGCUCUGCUGCUUCCAUACAUCCAAUCCUGCUUACCAUGGAGAGUACAUGUUAAUGGUCAGUGCUAUAACAAACUCUUUGUGAAUGUCAUCAGUUCACUGAAUCUCCUCUCUGACUUCUCUCUUCAUUCCUUUCUCAGUGAAUUUUGAGGAGGAAAGAGAAUGUUAGGAUUCCAGUAAAGGCUUAAUUUACUCCUGCAUGGCUGAAAAAUGUUGGUGUAAUUGGCUUUAUUUGGUCCUGACCUAAAUGAAGUACUAAGACCCAAGUCCAGUAAAAAAAAAUUUUUUUAGUUUGGGCAAAUGUUAAUUCUUUUUUUGUGACGAUUCUUCCGUUUCCGUUUAUAGAUGCUUGAGUAGUAGUCUGACAUCGACCAACUAUUUUGCACAGUCAGUGGCUCUUUAGUUAGGGCAGUAUUUAGGGGUAUUUCUUUGGAUUUAAUUACUAAAAAGAGAUUGAAAAUUUUAAUUAAAGACUAAGGGGUCAUGGUAUCAGAGUCUAAAACAAUGCAGUUUAGUCUUUGCCUGUUUUAUCAUUGUGGUUGCAGUUAAGUCAUUCCUCAUUAUCGAUAUACUACUCAGAUGUUCCUCUAUGUAGAACAUAAAGGUGCACAAAUAGAAAUUGAUCUAAUCUAUAUCUGAUACAAGAACAGACUUGAAUGUCUGUCUGUGCUUGUAGCCUACACCGGAUUUGUGACUGUUAUUGUACUUUGGCUGGAGUAGUGCUGCUAAAUAGGUUGGAUUUAUCUCUAGAAAAUUGGAAGUUUCAUUCUCACUACAACCCUCAAGUUUAUAAAUCAUGCCAUGUUUAACUGAUAUUUCUUGCUGACACGUUGGGCCUGUUUUAUUGGUAUGCAUUAUAGUGUACAACAUGCCAAUUUUGGACAGGUUACAUGGGGCACUGAUGAAGCUCUGAGAAUGACGAUUUAUAAUUACAUACAAACCAUUAAAUGAUGUUUUGUUCUCAGGCAUGGCAAAUACUGACCCUGGGAUAACCAUUGUUUCAAUGUCAUAUUUUCCGUUACAGAAGUAACACCUUGGUGUGAACGGCGUGAUUUGUGUAUUAAACUGUCACCCAUUAGUUCUUUACAUAUUGUACUGUCUUUUUUUUUUAAUUACCAUCAUUGCCUGUACAGUAGGUUUUAAGAACAGUUCAACACAGUUUACAUUAAAUUGACCAUGCAUGCCACUGGUGGAGGGUUGGUGGACUUGUGGAUGUAGCUAUAGAGGAAAGGCUUGUAUGUAAUUAGUCAUUUAUGUGUAGGAUGAAAAUCAAUGAAAGGGAUCUUCUCUCCUAUCCUCUACACUUCUGUAUGCUUUUGUAUUACUGUAAAAAAUAAAGAAUAGAUCUUUUAAGUG